CAGCGCUGAGGACCUGAACGUCCCUCCCUCAUCCUUUCAGUAAUCUCAUUCACAACUGAUGACACAUUUACACAGCUCGCUCUCAAGGGGUUCACUUGAGCACCGGUAUUUGGUCUGAGACUAGCUGGCAAUAGGAAGCUCUACAAGUCCGCAUUCUCUCCGAAGGCGAAUUGCUCAACGAGUCAGAUACCUUAACUCCUCUUAGAGGGACUCUAAACGGCACAUUGCAGAAGAAAGUCACCCCGACUUCCGGGGAAGUGUUGUAUUUUGCCAAAUGUUUUUUUAGAAAACACCGUUGUUGUUUUUUUUUGUUGUUGUUGUUGUUGUUUUUUUAACGAGAGUUAACGUGACGCCGCGGUGGGACUGGCUUUCCUCCACUCUGCUUGCAUUCAUAAACGGAUAUGAUAGAAGAGCGCUGAAUGCACCGGAGCAGCGGCAACAACAGUCAGCGCUGACCAUGGCGGAAGAGGACGACGCUAGGAUUCGGAUUUUACAGAGUCUGCGGGGGAAAAUAUGUGAAGCCAAGAACCUGGGUCCAGUUUCAGGUCCAAAUCGACUAAAGGAUCUCUGUACAUUUUGCACCAUAAGUCUGGACCAGGAGGAAGUAUUUCGCACCAAGGUGUUUGACAAAAGCAUCACCCCUUUUUACGGAGAAGACUUCUUCUUUGAGAUCCCGCGGCCGUUUCAGUUUUUAUCCUUUUAUGUUUAUGCCAAGGGUGUUUUCCAAAGGGAUCUACCUGUUGGCAAAGUGUCGAUCCGGAAGGAUGAUCUAUGUAAAUACAGCGGAAAGGACGAUUGGUUUAACCUCCAGCCAGUAGAUCCUAACACAGAAGUUCAGGGUAAAGUUCACCUGGAGAUGCGACUGAAUGAAGUGAUCACAGAUAACGGCUCCACUGGUCAACAUUUACUUGUUAAAAUAAUUGAGUGCAAAGAACUGCCUUUGAUCAGUGGCCAGAACUGUGACCCAUAUGCCACCGUGUGUCUUGCUGGACCUGCCAGGUCAGACCAAAAGAAAACGAAGGUAAAGAAGAAAACCAGCAAUCCAUAUUUUGAAGAAACCUUUUUCUUUGAGGUCACACGGUCCAGCAGCUACUCUAAAAAGUCUCAUUUCCAAGUGGAGGAGGAGGACAUUGAAAAACUUGAGAUUAAAGUGGAUCUGUGGAACAACGAAAAUCUGGCUCAGGAUGUGUUUUUGGGGGAAACAAGAGUUCCUGUGAAGAUCCUCCGGAGCGACCACAUCCACAAAGCUUGGUAUCUCCUCCAGCCUAAAGGGACAGGCAGCAAAUCCAAGUCUGAUGAUUUAGGACAACUGCGUUUAAAACUCCAUUACAUUGAAGACACGGUGCUGCCCUCUGCCUACUACACACCUCUCUGCAACUUGCUGCUCAAAUCCCCUGACGUGAAGCCCAUCUCGGCGUCAGCAGCACACAUCUUGGGGGACAUCUUCAGAGAGCGAUACGAGGCCGUUCUGCCCAUGGUUCGGUUGCUGCUCUACCACAAUCGUUUUGUGCCUUUUGUCUCUGCCGUGGCAGCCCUGGAGCUGGACAACACUCAGGAGGCCAACACUAUAUUCCGAGGCAACUCACUGGCAACUCGCUGCAUUGAUGACAUGAUGAAGAUAGUGGGAAAGAGUUACCUGGCUGUUACCUUGAAGCCUGUUAUUGAUGAGAUUUGUGAAUCCAACAAAACAUGUGAGAUAGACCCGAUUAAACUAAAGGAAGGUGACAACGUGGAGGUCAACAAGGAAAACCUUCAGGUUUAUGUCCAGAAAGUUUUCUCCUCCAUCACCCAGUCCAGCUCCAACUGUCCCCCCCUGAUGUGUGACGUCUUCAGGUCUCUCAGACACUUGGCCUGCAAACGCUUCCCAGGCGACCCACAUGUUCAGUACUCAGCUGUGAGCAGCUUCGUGUUCCUGCGCUUUUUUGCAGUGGCCGUUCUCUCCCCACACUCGUUCCAGCUCCGAUCGCAUCACCCUGAUCCUGAGAUCGCCCGCACACUCACUCUCAUCUCCAAAACUAUUCAGACCCUCGGCAGUUGGGGUAGUUUGUCCAAAAAACUGUCCAGUUUUAAAGAAAGCUACAUGUAUGACUUCUACAAGUCAUUCCAAGAAGAAAAGUGCAUUGAAAAAGUUAAAAAGUUUCUGGAUGAAAUCUCCUCCAACGUCAGCAAAGAGUCCAGCAGACAGGAGGAUGCUGUGGUUCUGAAGGAGGGGGAAGUACAGAAACGUACCCAAGGGAAAAAGAACUUCUCUAAGAGAAACUUUAAGAAGCGAUGGCUGAGGGUGACCAACAGGGAGCUCUCCUACCACAAACGCAAAGGGAAAGAGGCCCUUUGCACCAUCAGCGUGAAAAACAUCCAGGCGGUGGAGAAACUCGAUGAAAGUGCCUUUAACCGCAAAAAUAUGUUUCAGGUGGUCCUCUCAGAGAAGCCUCUGUACGUUCAGGCAGGAAACUGCGUGGAGGCUAGUGAGUGGCUGGAGAUCCUGGGCCAGGUCAGUCGCUGCAACGAGGGACGCUUGACCACUUACCACCCGUCAAAUUACACCGCUGGAGCGUGGCAGUGCUGCAAAAACCAGAGUAGCAACGCUCCAGGCUGUAAGCCCUGCACAAUCACGAUGUUGGCCAACCUGCAGCUGGACAUCGACUGUGACCGGGAAGCGGAGAGGAUCUUCUCCCUCCUCUCCUCUAAUGAAUCCAAGCUCCAAAACAUGGAAGAUGCAUGUGCUAGUAUAGCAGUGUACCAGGGCCCUCAGAGGGAACAGGAGGAGUACUCCAAGUUCACCAUUCAGGAACCCAAAGAGACGUUUCAGACCCUCAAACAGCUCCGGAACAUCAUGGAGGAGCUGCAGAGGCAGCACAACAGCAGGAAUAACAUCACAGCACAGUACGGAAGCCUUGACAACCCCAUAGUGGGGAAAACGUCUUAACCUGAGCGGCCGUGGCCUGAAACAGCCCCGCCAGCAGGGGUCAGUGCACCACAGAGGACCUCAACAAGCCCAUGAAGAUGUCCCAGGAAGUGACGAGGAGAAUGAUAUACACCCUGACCUCCAUACAUAUUAAGCCCACUAUGAAUGAACCGUUUUUCAGUUUGUUUCAGCUGCACUGCAGACUGAUUUCUCCUUGAUUUAUCCACAGAGGCAUCACUAGAUGGUGUAUGAAUAGGCUGCUAUAUAUAAAUAUAUAUAUAUAUAUAUAUAUGUGUAUUUUUUACAUUUACUCUGUUUUAUAUCAACAGCUGUGAUGAUCACUCCCUCCUUGUUUUUAAAUAUUUUUAAACAUCAGUUCAUUACCAGUCAUCACUCUGGAGGAUCAUCCUCUUGUUUGUGCCCCUUAAAUCUUUUAGUGUCCUUCUUCUGAACAAAUGCGUGUGUGUGAUUGUGUGUGUGUGUGAUUGUGUGUUCGCAUGUGUGUGUGUUUUUUUUUUUUAAACCAAUCUGCCUUACUGAUGGAGAUUUCUUUCACAUUUAAUACUGAGGAAAUAAUGCAAACGCACUUUAAAUAUUUGGAGCUGUCCGAAUGAAAAUGAAUUAGAUACUUGGUAUCAGCUUUAUGAUCAUUACAUGAUCCUGAGUACAUAUUUUUCUUUGUUUCAGUCUUGUACAAUAACGUUGAAUGCCUGUUAUAUAUGCAUAUAUAUAUAUAUAUAUAUAUAUAUAUACAUAUAUAUAGCUAUAUAAAUAUAUAUAGAUAUUUUUGUCAACCAAAGGCAAUCUCUUGUACUUAGUGUUUAUGUGUUUUGUAUGCAAACUGUUAAAAUUUGAGACAGAUUAUAAAUGUAUAUGUUCAGUUUGUUUGUCUGGUUUAACAUAUCCUUUUUAUUGACUUAGGGCAAGCAGUUUGCAUGCUUUCAGUUUUAAAUCUGGAUGGCAUGACUGUGGUGAAGAGUUGUGUUUCCUUGUAAUUGUGAACUGUUUUUGUACGAUGUGCAUCAGAUCUGUGCUGUUCACGUUCAGAGCCCGCCCCCUCCCACCAACAUGGCCGACACUCCCUUCUGACUCCCUUCAUUUCUAAAUUAGUCCUGACAAUCACAGCAACAACGCCCCUCAUGCUCGCUUUCUUGCUAGGUCUUUCACACCAGCAGCACUCCACAGCUCCAGCUACUUUAUUUUUAUUAUUUAAAAGUCCUCUUUUUUUUCUUUUUUAUGCAUCACCCUGGAGCUUGAAGGCAUAAAUCAAAUGUUUUCACAGCUCUUAAUCACAGGAGCUCUUUGCCGGAGAAGUUUGUAAAAAGUUUGAAGACAAAGAUGCAUUAAUCGAUUUUAUCACACCUCGAGUGACUCCAUCGUACCCACCCUCUUCCAUCUUGUUGGUUCCCCUUUAUGCAAUCACUUCUGCACCCUUGUAAACAAUGAAGAAAAAGAAACUUGAAUUUGUUUUAACGUGUCAGACGCUUGAUGUUAAGAAUACAGGGUUAACCACUUCUCUUGUACGUAUGCAAGUAGGUUGUUCUUGUUUGAUUCAUUUCUAGCAUGCAUGUUUUCAUUAUUUAACAUUUUUAUUUUUCAAGAUAAAAGUUUUUGUAUCUAUUUUUUGUAAACACUGCUGGUACAUAUCUCUAGUUAAACUGCUGCUGUUCUGCAUUCGCCUGGCUAUAUUUUUUAUUUCAAUUCAGCUUAUGACCAAUUGAUCUUCCUGAAUGAAGCUAAAACAUGACUAUAAAAUUAUUUAUCGCUAUCUAAAGAUUUUCACUUGAGCUAGCAUUUUCUUUGAUGUAAUUUGUUUUAUAAAUAAGGGAAUAAAAAAAUACCAGAAUGUAAAGCAGCAUGCAGGCACCUGGUUUAUUUUAUAAUUUGACCAAACUAAAAGGGAAAAUGUUUAGAUUUACUUCUUACCUCCUGUGAAUCUUUUCUUUAAAUCACAUAUGAGAUGUGUUUCUGAGCACUUUUGUUUUAAGGAUAGAACAAAUAUGACUUUCAGUCUUGGACAUUGUCAAAACCCUACAAAAAUCUCUACUGCAUUACAAAAACACAAACGUUUCCUUCCAAUCAGCUCACACUAAAGGGAGAGUACAAGAGGUAGGAUCGUCUGAAGGGAUCAUGUGAUUAUUUAUUGUAACAAGGUUUAGACUUUUUUUUUUUUUGUCCAGCAUACAGCCAUUAGUUAAAAGAAGAGGUUAUUUACACACAUCCAACUCAUUUCUGAAUGUUCAGCCUCAGUUUGUUUGGUUUUAUACUAAUAGAGAAAUGUAUUUUGCAUUUAUGGUCCAUAUUGUCUGUUCAGAAUAAACACUUUGCCAACAGUU